GAAAGCCAUACUUAAGUUGACGCAGCUUCCCAUUGCAUGUAGCUUGUCCUCUCCUCAUCACCUUCCCCAUAAGCGGUUCAACCGAUUUUAAAGAUGUCGGAUUCUCGGCCGAAUAGUGCAGACGAGAAAACGACUCUCAAUCACAAUGAUAAGAAACGGUUUUUCUGGCGGUCGUCAAACCCUGCUGUGCCCAAAAAGAAGGACGUCGAUCACGAUGAGAAGGAAUCUCUCUCAUCAGAACCUCCCUUGGUUCCACAACCAGUGGAACCCGAGUUGCACCCCGUCAGUUUUACAGAGAUGUUCAGGUUUUCCACUAGGACAGAACUGAUCUUGGACUUCAUUGGUCUUUUUGCUGCAGCUGCAGCUGGUGCAGCACAGCCUCUCAUGUCGUUGUUAUUCGGCAAAUUAACACAAGCGUUUGUAUCGUUCCAAGUUGUUGUCAACGAAAUGAACCAAGGAAAUGUCACAGCACAACAAUCGUUCGACUCCGUUGCUGCUGGGUUUCGUUCAGAAUCUUCCAAGGACGCGUUGUAUCUUGUCAUCAUUGGUAUCGGAAUGUUCGUGUGUACAUACCUUUAUAUGUAUAUUUGGACCUUUACUGGAGAAGUCAACGCGAAACGUAUACGGGAACACUACUUACAAGCAGUUUUGCGUCAAGACAUCCAAUUUUUCGACAAAGUGGGCGCCGGAGAGGUAGCAACUCGUAUCCAAACCGACACACAUCUUGUGCAACAAGGAAUAUCCGAGAAAGUUGCGUUAGUCGUGAACUUCCUUGCGGCUUUUGUCACCGGUUUUGUUCUUGCCUAUGCGCGGAAUUGGCGUCUUGCCCUCGCAAUGUCUUCGAUAUUGCCUUGUAUAGCUAUUACAGGAGCAUUGAUGGGCAAAUUUGUUUCCAAAUACAUGCAAAUGUCCUUGAAAGCUGUCGCUGACGGUGGUUCUCUUGCAGAGGAGGUUAUAUCCACAGUUCGUACCGCACAGGCUUUCGGAACUCAAACGAUCCUGGCUUCCUUGUACGACAAUCACAUUGAUCAGUCCGAAGUUGUUGACGGCAAAGCUGCAAUCUGGAACGGAGGAGGCCUCGCAGUAUUCUUCUUUGUCAUUUAUUCGUCCUAUGGGUUAGCGUUCGACUUUGGUACCACGUUGAUCCUUGACGGUCAUGCUAAUGCCGGCCAGGUAAUUAACGUGUUUAUGGCUAUCCUCAUUGGUUCCUUUUCUCUCGCACUGCUUAACCCCGAAAUGCAAGCGAUCACACAUGGACGAGGAGCGGCAUCUAAACUUUUCGCGACCAUUGACCGUGUUCCAGCCAUUGAUUCGGCUGAUCCCAACGGAUUGCAGCCAGAGCAUGUCGAAGGCGAAAUAACCUUGGAAAACAUUAAGUUUGCAUACCCUUCCCGUCCUGGCGUCGUUGUUGUAAAGGAUCUCUCAUUAAACUUCCGUGCUGGUAAAACCGCAGCACUUGUUGGCGCCUCCGGAUCCGGGAAAUCUACGGUCAUCUCUCUUGUCGAGAGGUUUUACGACCCUCUCGCGGGUGUUGUAAAACUUGAUGGGCGGGAUAUCAAGACCCUCAAUCUCAAAUGGCUGCGCUCACAAAUUGGUCUGGUGUCUCAAGAACCCACGCUGUUUGCUACUUCCAUUAGAGGAAAUGUAGGCCAUGGCCUCAUUGGCACUAAGUAUGAGCACGCUAGUGACGAGGAAAAAUUUGCAUUAAUCAAAGACGCGUGUAUCAAGUCAAAUGCCGACGGUUUCAUCUCCAAACUUCCCCUUGGUUACGAUACUAUGGUUGGAGAGCGAGGUUUCUUGCUCAGUGGUGGUCAAAAGCAGCGUAUUGCUAUUGCUCGAGCUAUUGUCUCUGAUCCUCGUGUUCUAUUACUCGAUGAAGCCACGAGUGCGCUAGAUACGCAAAGUGAGGGAGUUGUCCAGGAUGCGCUCGAUAAAGCUGCCGCUGGUCGUACAACUAUCACGAUUGCGCAUCGGUUAUCCACGAUCAAAGACGCAGAUGUGAUCUUUGUGAUGGGAGAUGGGCUCGUCCUUGAACAGGGUACUCAUAACGAACUUCUAGCUAACGAAAAUGGCGCCUACGCCCGACUUGUCCAAUCUCAGAAACUUCGUGAAGCAGCCGAAGUCACCGAAGCCGCCGAAAAUGACGAAAAUACAGAAGAUGCCUCUGAAAAUAUGGAAAAGGCUGCGCUAGAAGAGAUCCCACUUGGGCGUAAGAACACUGGCCGUUCUCUGGCGAGCGAGAUCAUUGAACAGAAGCAGAAGAAUAUAUUAAAUGAGAAAACCGAGUACAGCAUUGUAUAUCUUUUCCGGAGGAUGGGUUGGAUUAACAGAGCCAGUUGGAAAAAAUAUUUGUUUGGUGGAUUUUGUGCCAUUUUGACAGGCUUGGUUUUCCCCGCCUACGGAAUUGUUUAUGCCCAGGGUAUCAACGGAUUCGCCGAAACGGGUCAUGCUGAGCGAGUUGCUGGAGAUCGUAAUGCACUUUGGUUUUUCCUCAUCGCCAUCAUUUCAAGCUUAACUAUCGGUGUUCAAAACUACAACUUUUCCGCUUCCGCCGCCAACCUUACUGCCAAAUUGAGAAGCCUGAGUUUCCGAGCCAUCCUCCGGCAAGAUAUCGAAUUCUUUGACAGAGACGAGAACAACACGGGUGCUCUGACUGCCGAACUCAGUGAUAAUCCCCAGAAGGUCAAUGGUCUGGCUGGAGUCACCCUCGGGGCUAUUGUUCAAAGCGCUUCUACCCUUGUCGGAGGAACUAUCGUUGGCCUCAUUUUCGCAUGGAAACUUGGGCUCGUUGGUUUCGCAUGUAUGCCACUGCUGGUCACAACCGGAUAUAUUCGACUCCGCGUCGUUGUUCUCAAAGACCAAGCAAACAAGAAAGAGCAUGCUGCCUCUGCGCAGCUUGCUUGCGAAGCUGCUGCGUCCAUCCGUACUGUCGCAGCGCUGACACGGGAAAAAGACUGUUGUGAUCUGUAUAGCGAGAGCCUGGAAGAGCCCCUGCGUAAAUCAAAUCGAACUGCUAUCUCCAGCAAUGGUCUCUACGCCCUUUCACAAUCCAUGGUCUUCUUCGUGAUUGCUCUCGUUUUUUGGUACGGCGCUAGACUAGUUUCUGAGCGUGAGUUCAGCACUUUCGAAUUUUUUGUCGGUCUUAUGUGUAGUACCUUUGGUUCCAUUCAAGCUGGAAAUGUCUUUUCAUUUGUACCAGACAUGUCCUCGGCCAAAGGUGCCGCCACCGACAUUAUCAAGUUGCUAGACUCCGUCCCGGACAUUGAUGCCGAGUCUACUGAGGGAAAGCAUCUUGACCCUACUCAAGUUCGUGGUCAACUUCGAUUUGAGAACGUGCACUUCAGAUAUCCCACCCGACCCGGAGUCCGUGUCCUUCGUGACUUAACCCUCCAUGUUGAACCUGGAACUUACAUUGCACUUGUCGGGCAGUCUGGAUGUGGAAAAUCGACCGUAAUUCAGAUGAUUGAACGCUUUUACGAUCCUUUGGCUGGUCAGAUAUACCUCGAUGGCGAGAAAAUCUCAGAUAUCAAUGUUACUGACUAUCGCAAGUCUAUCGCGUUGGUUUCCCAAGAACCAACGUUAUAUGCUGGUACUGUACGCUUUAAUAUCCUACUGGGGGCCAUCAAACCCGCAAGCGAGGUGACACAAGAAGAGAUCGAAGAUGCCUGUCGUAAAGCGAACAUUCUGGAGUUCAUCCAAUCGCUGCCCCAAGGAUUUGAUACUGAAGUCGGUGGAAAGGGCUCUCAGCUGUCUGGUGGCCAGAAACAACGUAUCGCCAUCGCCCGGGCUCUGCUGAGGAAUCCCAAGGUUCUUUUAUUGGACGAAGCCACUUCUGCGUUAGACUCGAAUUCUGAGAAAGUGGUUCAGGCGGCGCUUGACGCGGCUUCCAAAGGUCGUACCACGAUUGCUAUCGCGCAUCGUCUAUCCACCAUUCAAAACGCUGACCGAAUAUAUUUCAUCAAGGAAGGUGCCGUCAGUGAAGCCGGAACCCAUGACCAGCUUCUCAGCAGAAAGGGAGAUUACUACGAAUUUGUUCAGUUACAGGCUCUCAGUAAGAGGAAUUGAGGUUAUUGCUUAAUUACAUUACAUUGGAUGGAGUCUUGCUUUCCAAUAACGACUACAUUAUUUGGAUCUUGAAAGAGGCGGUAUUUAUUGGAUACAAUAUAACACUCGCAAUCGAUGCAUAUGCACAAUGCACAAUUCUAUACUUACAUUCCUUUCAGCGAUCACAUCACGAUUAUUCAUAAUUUUUUUUGCAGUACAUACGUACAGUAUAUAGCUACAUCUUUUCUCCAAUGGUAUGAUCGGGCCGCGUUCACUCAUUCC